GAAUUUAAAAUGCUGCAAAACUUGACUAAAACGGAACCCAAAUAGAGAUUAAAAGAAAAUCAUCACACUUCUUCAAUCUCGUGGAGGAGAUUACUAGCCCAAAAACAUCACCAGGAGGUUUCUGCAUUCGGUAUAUGUUUGUCUGUAAAAAGUUUUCAAUUCAAUAUACAAAGUUUAGAAAUGAAAUGGCAGGGCUCUUGCUACUUUUAGUGUUUCAACUUUCCUGGACUCUUCCUAUCAUUGUUCAUGCCCAGGAUCAAUCAGGCUUCAUUAGUAUUGACUGCGGACUUGAGGAUGAACCAAGUUACACAGAUGAAACUACAUCCAUCCAUUACACUUCAGAUGUCAACUUCACAGACACAGGUGUAAGCCACAGCAUAUCACCUAAAUAUGAGGCUUCCCUUGAAAGGCAGUUCUGGAAUGUUAGAAGCUUCCCGGGAGGAAGAAGGAACUGCUACACCCUUGUUGUUCCUCAAGGAAGAAGCAAGAAAUAUUUAGUGAGGGCCAGGUUUGUCUAUGGAAACUAUGAUGGCAACGGCUCUCUUCCCGAGUUUGAUAUCUAUCUUGGAGACAAGUGGUGGGAAUCAUUGGUGUUUGAGGAUGCAUCCAGUGUAAUAACCAAGGAAAUCAUUUAUGCUGCUUCAUCAGAUUAUGUCCAUGUUUGCCUAUUCAACACUGGAAAGGGUACACCUUUUAUUUCAGUUUUGGAGCUAAGAGUUCUUAACAGUGAUGCCUAUCUAGUUAACUCUCUGGAGUUGUUGGCGCGUUUUGAUGUAGGCUUACGGGAUGGUGAAAUAAUCAGAUAUCCAGAUGAUACCUUUGAUAGAAUGUGGACACCUUAUAACUCAAUUGAAUGGAAACUGAUGAAUACCUCACUCACAAUAGACCAGGGAGCACCCUCAUUCAAUUUUUUACCAUUACCACCGUCCAUUGUUUCUAGCACAGCAGCAAUUCCAGCUAAUGUCAACGACAACAUAGAAUUUUACUACCAUCCCAAGUACAAUGCCUCCACAUACUAUAUGUACAUGUACUUUGAUGAAAUCAAGAAGCUCCAGGCAAAUCAAAUUAGAGAGUUCGACAUCUUUGUAAAUGGGAAGCUUUUCAAUAAUGAUCCAGUCAAUCCAGUGUACCUGAAGAGCUUGUAUUACAUAUCAGCUAUAGCCAAACCUCAUUUGGAACUUUGGAUUAAUAGAACUAGUAGAUCAACUCUUCCCCCUCUCAUCAAUGCUAUUGAGAUAUACAUGACAAAGGACUUCUUACAAUCACAAACAUAUCAAACAGAUGCUGAUGCUAUCAUAAAUGUUAAAUCAAUUUAUGGGAUCAAGAGAAACUGGCAAGGAGAUCCUUGUAUUCCACUUGCUUACUUGUGGGAUGGUCUUAACUGCAGCUAUGCUGAAUCUGAUUCACCAAGGAUCAUAUACUUGAACUUAUCUUCUAGUGGUUUGAUUGGAAAUAUAGCUCCUAGCAUAUCCAAUAUGAAGUCGAUAGAAUAUUUGGAUUUGUCAAACAACAAUCUGACUGGGGCAUUACCUGAUUUCCUAUCUCAACUGCGCUUCUUGAGAGUUCUCAACCUGGAAGGAAAUCAGCUAUCAGGAACAAUUCCAAUGCCACUCACUGUGCGUUCCAAGAAUGAUUUGCUUGAAUCCAAUUUUGGUGGAAACCCAGAUCUUUGCUCACCAGGUUCAUGCAACCAAAAGAAUGGGAAUAAGUUUGUAGUUCCACUGGUGGCAUCACUUGCUGGAACUUUCAUGAUACUAAUAACCACAUUGAUUUCUUUCCGAAUAUACAACAUGAGACGAGUUUCCCCUCAUCAGAGCAAGCCAAUUGUUUAUUCAAGAAUAAAGGAGGAACUAGAGUCAAAUAAGCAAGAAUUCACCUAUGCUGAAGUAUUGAGCAUGACAAGAAACCUUGAAAGGAUUGUGGGGAAAGGAGGAUUUGGAAUAGUCUACCAUGGUUGUGUAGGUGAUAUUGAGGUAGCUGUCAAAAUGCUUUCUCCCUCUGCUCAAGGAUAUCUGCAAUUUCAGGCAGAGGCUAAAUUUCUAGCUAAAGUUCAUCAUAAAUGCUUGACUGCUCUUAUAGGAUACUGUGAUGAUGGCACCAACAUGGCUCUCAUCUAUGAGUAUAUGGCUAAUAGCGACUUAGCAAAGCAUUUAUCAGGUAAAAAUGAAAAUAUAUUGGGUUGGAAUCAACGACUUCAAAUUGCAGUGGAUGCUGCAGAAGGAUUGGAGUAUCUGCAUCACGGAAGCAAUCCACCAAUUGUUCACAGAGAUGUUAAAUCUAAAAACAUCUUACUGAAUGAAAAAUUCCAGGCUAAACUUGCUGAUUUUGGGUUGUCAAAGAUCUUUCCCAAUGAAGGUGACACCCAUGUGUACACAGUGGUUGCUGGCACCCCAGGAUAUCUUGACCCAGAGUACAAUAGAUCAAGCAGGUUGAAUGAGAAAAGUGAUGUGUUCAGUUUUGGGGUAGUUUUGCUUGAGUUAAUUACGGGCCAACCAGCUGUGACCAAAACUGAAGACAAAAUUCACAUAAUUCAAUGGGUUAGUUCCUUGCUGCUCCAGAGGGAGGUCAAAGAUAUUGUAGAUCCCAGAUUACAGGGAGAAUUUGAUAUUGAUUCUGCAAAGAAAGCCUUAGAUACUGCAAUGACUUGUGUAGCACCUACUUCCAUUAAUAGGCCAACCAUGAGCCAUGUAGUUAUGGAACUGAAACUAUGUUUGCCAAAGAAGAUGAGUAAUCAGCCUGAAUGUGACAAUAAUGAGAGAUUACAGAGCUGCUUAAACAGUGUGUCCUUUGAUAGAAUUAGUGGAGAGAGCUCUCUAGAAAGGUAGAAAUAGAAUAGUUAAAUUUGGAAAUUUUUUCUCUUUUUACUAUGUGUGCCACUGUUAUCUUCCAAUAGCAUCAUAUGGGUUGGCCAAUAGUCAGAACUCAGAAGCAUAUUAUAUAUGCCUUGUAUAAUUUGUUUGACUGUAAAUGAGUAUUAGAAUAUCAGCCAAGUACAAUGUAAACGGUUUUUUAUAUCAAUUCAUUAUUCAUUAGAAGAGUUCCGUUCA